CCCACCCCCCAUGUGUCCAAUGUCAAUAUUUAACAAAUGAACUGUUUCUGUUUGUAAAGUUGCACAUGGGGCAAUGUCCUCCCAAAUAAUCCCUCCAGACGACUCUCAUGUGAACAGCCAACAUGGAGGCGAGCGUAUCUGACAGCUCCUACAACAAGCUGAUAUCUCAGGAGGACUUGAGCAUGAAUGAGCCACCACUCCACUCCAUCCGUGAGAAAAAACAAGUAUCCCUGUCGAUGGUGAGGCCUACCUCAACGUGGGACCCUAAAAGAGUGCUUGAAAUCACCUUGGCUGUGCUUGCAGCUGUCCUGCUGGCUGUGGAUAUCGGCCUGGGAGUCUAUUACAACAACCUCACAGAUGAGCCUCAAAAGGUGGCGAGCCUCAACCGUGAGUUGGCCACACUGCACAAGUCCUACAACGCCGCCUCACAAAGACGAGACCAAUCCCAGAAACGUUUGGCAGAAGAGACCAGGCAGCAGCAAGUAACCAAGUGGCAGCUUGAACAUCAGACUAUAAGGAACAAAGACUACAAAAAGCAGGCAAACAAAAUCCAACUCGAUAUUGCAGUUAUAAAAUCCCACCUACCGAUGAUAAAGGAGGGCUGCAGACGCUGUUCACCAGGAUGGACUUUCAUGAAUUCUGUGUGUUACUUCUUCAGCUUCUCUGAAACGUACUCUCGCAGGUCGUGGCAGGAAGCCCGGGAUUUCUGCAAGAGGCAUGGCAGUGACCUGGUGGUGGUAGAUACCUCAGAGAAGCAGAUUGCAAUAAAUGAGUUAAUAAAUCAUCAUCAAGACCCAUCGACAUCCAUGACACAGAGUGGCUUCUGGAUCGGACUGAGAGAUGUGGACGAGGAAGGAGUCUGGAGCUGGUUGAAAGGAACAAGGCUACUUGAAGGUUACUGGAAUGAUGGCGAGCCCAAUAACUAUGGCAAUGAAGACUGUGCAGCCACGUACCCCAGAGACAACCCCUUUAAAGGCUGGAAUGAUGCACCGUGCAAUCACAAUCUCAAAUGGAUUUGUGAAAUGCCGGCUAAUUAGUGUCACUGCUGUUGUUUCAUCUCUGACUUUUUAUUGACAUAUUAAUGAAUUUGUCAGAAUGGUUACAAAUAAGUAACUACAAAAGUUGAAGUGAAAGUAAUCAAUAAAAUAUUUUUCCUUUUACUAGAUACAGUACAUAAGUAUAUUAUAUCACUGCUUUACGUCAUUCAUAAAAAGCUGGAGCUGAGCUAAAUAUUAUAAUAAUUACUAUGGUGAGGAAAAUACACUAAGUUCUGUAAGCAGAGCCUGUGAGGAAUCCCUGAAUCUUUUUUUCCAUGUAAUAUAAAUCUUUACUGAUAUGUACCUAAUUCACACCACUCUACAAUCAAGAGCUCACAGCUCUGCAAAAUGCUGGCGAAGUUGCAUCAAAACCUGCUGCGUGUCAACGUGCUCUGGGAAGGCGUCUUCGGACUUUUGGGCAGCAAUGUAGCUACUUUGGAGGUCUCCGAUCUGAAAAACAGAAUAUCUACUGAGUUCCUUAAUGACAUGCUGAACUACAGCAAAAGGAUGUCAAUUACCUUUUCAGAAAGAAUGGACAGGUUGUAGUGUGGCUCAUACAUGUGAGGGCACAAUGUGGCAGCCGUCUGCAGGAAGGCUUUGGACUGGACCCAAAAGAAUCAGGGGGAAAAAAAGUAGUAUUUGUGAAAGAUACAUAAAUACCCAAAUUAUUUUAGCAGUGUAGAACUGGACUAAAUUACCAGAUAACCACAAAAGGGUACAGUAUGGAAAUCUAGGUAUUCCUUAAGGGAUUAUUUUUGAAUGACUAUGUCAUAUCACAUUGGAGGGUCGAAAAACUGCAAACCUCAGUCCCUCCAGGUGAUGUGUGUACCUGUUCAACACGGCCUUUGCGCAGCUCCAGCACUGCAAGGUUGUUGUAGGCCUCGGCAUGGUCGUUAUUAAACGCCAAAGCCAGUUUAAAAGACUGGUAGGCCAAAGUCAGGUCUCCUAUACCCUGGGAACACAGAAUAAUGUAUUCACAAGUUGUGUUUUCAUCUUCAGCAAAGGUCUCUGAUUAUGCAAACUAUACAUUUUUAUUCAUGUUCUAACAUUAAAUGUGUCCAUCGAGAUUUAUAUAAAAAUAUCUCCCGCACUUGUUUGUUCCACAUUGGAGAGAAAACAGUUGCGAGUUUCCAUGACUAUUACUAUUACUUUGGACAAGUACAGUUACAGGGCUGCACGGUGGUUGAGUGGUUAGCGCGCACACCUCACAGCCCAAGAUCAAUCCCACCCUCGGCAAUCUCUAUGUGGAUUUUGCAUGUUCUGCGGGAUUUCUCCGGGUACUCCGUUUCCUCCC